UCACUCUUCAACGGCUGGAGGAUAUGCAAAAGCUAGCAGAAGAGAAACUAAGGCAACAACAAAUCAACACUUCCACUAGUGAAUCUAUUCAACAGUGAUAUUACCUCACAUCAUUGUACCUUUCACUUACAGUUCAAAUCUGCAACCAUGUCACUAGGGCCACUUUUAACAGAUGUGGUAGUCACCUUUUGUCUUGCCGCUCUACUACUUUAUCACUAUGGCAAUUGUAUGCGGCACCACAUUGUUGUGACUAUUGCUGUUCUCAUUGCUUGGUACUUUUCAUUUUUGAUUGUAUUUGUUCUUCCCCUUGAUGUGUCCUCGACAGUGUAUCGUCAGUGCAUUGGAGAAAAUGGAACUGUUGUUAAUCAAACAGAACUUGAGUGCAAGGAACCAUGGAGUCACGUUCCUGACAAUGUGUUUCCCAACUUAUGGCGGGUUGUAUACUGGACUUCUCAGUGUCUUACAUGGCUCAUCAUGCCAGUAAUGCAGUCUUACAGCCGGGCUGGAGAGUUCACAUGGAAGGGCAAAAUAAAGUCUGCUAUCAUAGACAACACUAUUUAUUAUGGUACUUACCUUUUUAUCUGUGGUAUACUUUUAAUAUACCUUGCGCUUCAGCCUUCUGUUGAUCUUGAUGGACAAAAACUUAAAGCCAUUGCAGCUUCAGCCUCAAAUACCUGGGGCCUCUUUCUCCUUGUGCUUUUAUUGGGUUAUGCUCUGGUAGAAGUUCCUCGAAGUUUGUGGAAUGCUUCUAAAAAGGGUUAUUCCCUUCACUAUGCCUACUUCCAUGCAGCAAAACUCAGUUGUGAUAAGUGUGAAGCACAGGAUGCCGUUGAUGAUGUAUUGGAGACCCUGAAGGCUCUCAGUGUAGCUGUACGUCAAAAUCAUCCCCAGUUCCAAAAUGUAGAAACAAUUUUACAAAAAGUUCCUAUAGAAAUGAGAGAAAGGAUGAAUAGAAGACCUGCUGCAGAUGAUUCGACCCUUGAGCCUCCAACUGAAAAGUCCUUGGUCAGGUUGCAUAAGCAGGUUAUCAAAGCUCUUCAAACGCAGCACCGAACAGAGACACAGUGGGAUAUGCUGGUGAAAAAAAUAUUUUUGCUGGAAGAUGUUGCUAAAAACCAAGUAAGUCAUGACCAUCGGUUCAAAUGGUCGUUUCCUCCACAAAGGUCACCAAUACUGCAAGCAGUUUUCUCACCCACUGUUGAGUGGUACUGGCGAUGUGUACUGCACAGCUAUGUUCUCAAAUUUAUGGCUGUGAUUUGUGCAAUUCUCUCAUUAUUUGUUGUGUGGUCAGAAGUCACAUUUUUCAACAAGGAACCUGUUCUGACUCUUUUUGCGAAUUUCCUGAAUCUUGCUAAAGUUAAUUAUGACUACUUUACCAUAGAAGUUUUGUCUACCUUAAUAAUAGCUUACUUAUGCUUUUGUGCAUAUUCUACAGUACUCAAAAUUCGUGUUCUAAAUCACUAUUAUAUUGCUCCUCAUCAUCAAACUGAUGAAUUCAGUUUAAUAUUUUCUGGAAUGAUGCUUUGCCGUUUAACUCCACCAAUGUGUCUAAAUUUCUUGGGUCUCAUUCAUAUGGACAGUCAUAUUAUUAAAAAACGUAUUUUAGAAACACAUUACACCCAGGUAAUGGGUCAUAUGAAUGUCAUUGCCAUCAUAUCUGAUGGAUUUAAUAUCUAUUUUCCUAUGCUGAUGCUUGCUGUUUGCCUAGCCACAUAUUUCAGUUUGGGAAGUAGAGUUUUAUCAAUGCUUGGCUUCCAGCAAUUUGUGGGUGAUGAUGAACUGACAGGGGAACUUGUGGAUGAAGGGAGAGAAUUAAUCAAAAGAGAGAGGAGAAGACUUGAACGGAAUGAAGAGUCUCAAAAUAGAAGGAGAGAGUUCAGAGAGAGAUUUGGAACAAAUUCAGCUUCUCGUUAUCGACCAACAUCAAGGAGCACCGAUCCAGAACAUGAAAAUCCAGUUGUUCGUCAGAAUUCUACCGAAUCAGUUAGAGCUGGCUUGCUUGAGUCUUCAGAGUAUUAUGUAGCAACAGAAGAAGAGGAACCUUUGUCACAACAUCAAAGUGGGAAGCAUCUAACAUAUCCCCCUAGAGGACUUUUUGAUGACGUGUGAUGAGGAUUUAUUGAGUAGUCAUUUCUAUAAUUUCUGUGAUUUUGUUUUGUUCUUCUUGAUUUUUUAUUAUAAUUAUUUAAAAACAAACAACUGUUAGCAGAAACUUUGUUUGGUUUAUCUGCACAAUUUCAUUGCCAUACAUUUUUCUGAUAAGAGUACUGUAAUUCAACUUAUGAGAUUAGGAAACAUCAUGUAAAUGUCGUUUCUCAAACACAUAAAAUAUCUCUGCAUUUAUAUUUAUAGCAACAAAUUGUCGGGUAAUGUGCAAUUGUUUCUGAUUAUCUUUUUCUCUCCCUGAGGAUCAAGCAUUAUUGAUUUGGUUGGGUAAAAAGUACCGGUAUGUUUAACAUUGUAUACUUAUGGGAUGCAUUUUCAUUCAAACAGAAUUGUAUGACAGGCAGGCUAUGUGAACAUCUGAUUGCUAUUUCAAACGGCUAACAUAAAAAGAAAUAGCCUAUGCCAUUUUUUGGUAAUUUUCCAGAGCCUUUCUCAUAAAAAUUCCCGUUGAUUUUUUAGUGCUAUGACAUCAGUUUGUAAAGUGCCAGUUGCGAGACGAGGUACUCUAAUUUAAUUAAUGAGUGUGAUGAAACUAUUUUGACAAUGUUUACUUGCUGUUCAAUUAUUAGGGUUGGUGCGGGGAAGAACCAAACUCCUCAGGGGUGAGAAAAAAUUGAAUGCCCCAUUUUUCGACUGGAUUUUAUCAUUUAGAGACUUUCUAAUAUCAGUACGCGUUCGUGUGGGGUACCAAAAAGUAGUAGGGAGUAUUCCCUAGUAUCCAAAUGCGACAAUUCAGUCUAAAAUAGGGGUGUGAGAUUUUUCCUCGCUCCUGCAGGGUUUAAUUCUUUCCCGCACUGACCCUGUAUAUUCAAUGAUUUUUAUGUAAACAGUGGUACUAACCGUAGCCAUAAGUAAGACAGUAUGAGUUCAAUUGUGUUUAGGUAUUACAGAUCUGGAUAGUUUUUUUAAUGGACAGUGAAUGACUGAGCUGUUGUAUGUUUGUGUUACGUUAUUGUGUAAAUGUUAUGCAAACAACUUAAACCUUUAAUUACAGUUUCUGGCAAUGUUACUUUAAAGGUAAUUUAUUCAGGGAAAAAGUAAAGUUAAGGUUUACUGGUGCUAUAUUGUGUUAUGCUUAUUGAAAACCAACUAAGCAAACUGUCUUUAAAAUAUUAAUAAUAAUACCUUAUUGGGUUUGCGUGUGUAUGUAUAUUUGAGUGUGCUUGUUUUAUUGUAUGUGUUGUCUAGUAGAAAGAUUCUGUGUGAUCUAUAAUGGUGAAAACAUCCUCGUAAAAUGAACUUUCAAAGUUCAUGAAUUCAUCAAGAGUCAUUUAGAGUGUAGCUUUAAUAUAUAGUCCAAUGAACAUACAGUGCGAAAGGAAGAGCACUUUCUAUUCCAUGUUAUUUAGCCUUGUAGCUCGGUUUGACUUUGAAAUAAAAAUUCAACAUUCCUGUGAAA